UGCCCACUGCUCACUGCUGGACUAGAAACGUUCACCAGAUAAAUCAGACGGCUGGGUGAUCGUAGCGGUCAUUCUCUACAGAGCCAGCAAGGACUUUCUUCCACUACACAAUGGCACUGCUGAACAAGUUUGCCCUGUACUGGCAGGGCCGGCACACCAUCCUUCUCCUCUUUUUUUCACACUGCCUAGCAGUAUAUCCAACGAGAGAAAACUGCUGCGUCUUAGACGAACGAUUUGGCGAGUAUUGUCCGACUACAUGCGGGGUCUACGAUUUUUACAACCAAUACAAAUCUGGGGUGGACAGAGACUUAAACAUCCUUGAAAGUCAGAUGCAGCAAAUAACCAAUCGUACCACCACGAGUCAACAGCUGAUUUCAAACAUCAAAAGUGGCAAUCAAAUGCCACAGAAGGCUUCACAAGAUAAUUACGUCAAAAAAAUCACAAGCAUGUUGGAGGAUAUGAUGAGAUUUGAGAGGAUCAUUUCAACUCGGGAAGCUGAAAUCCAGGAAUUACAAGACUUGCUGAAUUCUAAUGCCCUGAGGAUUACAAGCUUAAAGCAGAAAGCAUUUGCUUUAGAUGAAACAUGUAAAGAGCCAUGUAGAGAUACAGUCAAGAUUUCAGAAAUUACUGGAAAAGAUUGUCAAGAUGUUGCAAACAAAGGUGCCAGAGAAACAGGUCUUUACUACAUAAAGCCUCAAAAUGCUAAAGAGAGGUUCUUGGUUCUAUGUAAGAUUGACCAAUAUGGCAAUGGAUGGACAGUUCUCCAAAGGAGAUUGGAUGGUAGUGUUGAUUUCAGAAAAUCCUGGCUCCAGUACAAAGAGGGAUUUGGCUAUCUCUCACCAACUGAUACCACUGAGUUUUGGAUUGGCAAUGAGCGCAUGAGUUUAAUAACACAACAAACUGGGUACCCUUAUGUGUUGCGAAUUGAACUGAAAGACUGGUCCGGUGUAACAAGGUAUGCUGACUAUUCUGGAUUCAAGGUGCAGCCUGAAACAGAUAAAUAUCGUUUGAGGUAUUCUUAUUUUGUAGAAGGUGAAGCUGGUGAUGCAUUUGAUGGUUUUGAUUUUGGGGAUGAUCCAAGCGACAAAACCUUUACAUUUCACAAUGGCAUGCAGUUUAGCACCUGGGACAAUGACAAUGACAAAUAUGAAGGCAACUGUGCCCAGCAGGAUGGAUCAGGCUGGUGGAUGAAUAGAUGCCACGCAGGACAUCUUAAUGGAAAAUAUUAUCAAAAUGGUCGGUAUUCUGCACAGGAUGCUGGCCCAGAUGGUUUCGACAAUGGCAUUAUUUGGGCGACUUGGCAUGACCGAUGGUAUUCUCUAAAGGAAACUACCAUGCAGCUCAUCCCCAGUAACAGAUAUCCGAUAGGAGCAGGACAGCAGCAAUUUAUAAAGGAUGGUAAAACUCGAGGAGACAUGUAAUGGAUGAGCAGAAUGGCGGGCCAGCUAAACCUUAACUACUACAGCACUGAUCAACUCAAGUUUUUAAAAGCAGAAUACAAAAGUAAAUAUUUCACCAAAACAGUCUUACUACAGUCCUAUGCCAUUGUAUUUUGGCAAUUCAACUUUCCACAUUUCAUUCAGACUUAAGGAACAAACACAAUAUUUUCAUCAGAAAUAUGUUCUGUCACUCUGCUUUCUUAUGUUAGCUGCUCUGAAAAAUUAAAAGUCACUGGAUAAAAUCAUAAUGAUUACCUUUCAACAUUCUUUUUAGCCAGGGCUCUAAAUGCUUCUCAAAGGAAUAAAUGUUACUGCACAACUACUGUGACAGUGUUGAAAUGUGAAACUUCAGAAGAAACUUUUAGUAGACUAUGAAAUGAAGACUCUAGGUUCAGUUAUGCAGUGGGACUUAAGAACUCUGUGACAAAACCCCUUUAUCCCCAUAACAUUGACACACAGCUAUUUGACAUUGUGAUGCACCAUUUAUUAUUAUUAUGGUCGAUGUAUGUUGUGUCAGUAUUCCUGUUAUUUUUGAACUGUUUGUGUCCUAUAAAGUGGUAAAAGUAUUACAUGAGUGGAUACCAAAUGUGAUUUUAAUGAGUUUCGGGUAUGGAUCACCUGUUAAAGAUUUUUGCAUCUUGUUAUUUGCAGCCAGUACAUUUUGCAAGUCGUUUAGGACACUUUAGUUUAAAGUCUGUAGCACUAAUUUUUGCCUUUUGUGGCUUUGUUGCUUAGUGCAACUUCACGUGCUCUUUAAAUUUAACUGUAAAUUGAGGUGUUCUUUUAAAAAAAUGUUGCAUAUGGCAAUACAGGCAUUCUAAUAAAUGGUUAUCAGCAGGCAUUUUUUACUUGCAAAAUAAAAAUUUGAUUACUUUAAUUAAA